AUGGCUGAUUCCUGCCUCCAAUAUUCCCCGGAAGGCUCGGAGGCAAUCAUUAACAGUCUCCUCAAGCUCAUCCAGCUUACCCCCGACGCGUACGCAGACCCACCUUCUCACCCCUACAACGCGUCUAACGAGAUCAUUGAUCCCGCGCGCGCGCAGCCGAUCCCGGCUUGUAUUCACUGCCUAGUAAUCAAACACCUCCAUGCCUUCGUCGAGGACACCUCACUCACCACCGCUGAAUGGAUGGCCGCAAUCCAGUUCUUGUCCUCCCUCAGCAAGAUGGACAUCUUCAUCUUCGAAUUCGUUCUCCUCUCUGACGUUCUCAGCGUAUCCGCUCUCGUCGACGCAAUUAACAACCCACCUCAGGGCAACGCGACGGAGAGCAGCGUGCUUGAGCCGUUUUUCACUGAGGAUGCUCCGGACGUUAAUCUUGGAGGAUCGAUCGUAUCCGAAGGCAAGCGACAGUGCAUAUAUGUUGAGGGACGCGUUGUCAACACCAAGGGGGAGCCUAUCUCGGAAGCGGUGAUCGAGACAUGGGAGACGGACAAGCUCGUGCCGUCGCACAGGGCUCUACGGUAUGCAGUACGAGGAACUGUACAACCCGACUGCCAGAGACGUUUGAGGUUGGAUAAGGAGGGUAAGUACGGCUAUCGGGAAGCUAUGCCUGUGGCGUAUCCUAUCCCCGGCGACGGUCCCGUUGGCGACUUGCUCAUGCACCUCGGUCGACACAAUAUGCGCCCGAAUCACCUGUACCUCAUGAUUUCAGCACCCGGGUGCAUAAACAACCCUACCGCAAUCUAUCCGGAGGGCGACGGAUACCUGAAUAGCGACGCCCUCUUUGGCGUCAAGAAGUCACUCGUUGUCGUACGUAUUCCCGUUCUGCAGCGCCUUGAAGAUGUGAACGACGAUGCGGAAGCACGUGCAAGUAUACGGUCAGCCAGGGGGUUCGAUGCGACCGCAAGAGGUCGACGCUCACCUAGGCCUCGGUUCCAACCCGAAGUUCGGUUGACUACAGGAUAA